AUGACAAAGUCAAAAAAGCUCCCGAAACGUAUAAAGCGACUAUUAACAUGAAACAUUUACCAGUUCUUUUUACGCUGUUCUUCGGAUCAGUGCGCUAGUGUAAGACGCUUAUGCAGAUGCAAUGGGUUGUAAAAGUGUCCUGCUUUGUGCCUUUUCGUUGGGGAUCAUUUACUUUGUCAAGAGUUCAUCUGCCCAGUACUAUCAAUACGCAGAUCUGGAAAACUCUUGCAAUGGAAGUCUGCUCUUAGAAUGCCCCUAUCCUGAAACCGGAAGAGCCGGUACGUUCCGCUACUACUACCCUGAUAGGUUGCCACCGGGACUGUGUUCCUUCGAAGUCGCACUGGCUCCCAACUGCGGGAACUUUUGGGAUUCCUACGCGAUUUAUCUUAACAUCCGAAAAUUUGACUUGCCAUCCACUGACUAUCUCAAAAUCCUCGAAAACGGUUUCUUUCCUCUGAAGCAUUUCAACGGCAGCCAACCGGCAACCACCAAUCCCAGAUCAGUGGCACAAGCCAAGACAUUGUACUCCAAACAGCCACACAUCGUGUUCGAGUACUUUCGCAGCACAUCGCCCGCUAGCAACUACCAUGAUGCGCUUAUCGAUUUCGUUAUCGUGGAAGAAAGGGCCGACUCACAUAAUACAUACUGUCAAGCGUUGUUGGCCUACGUGAACAAUGUUUUUAUUUGCGAUACGGACGGAUCGGCGGAUCGUGUGAAUUGUCCAUCCAAUUACCAGGAUGUUCUGUUUGAAUUUGAUGCAACGGUACUCAACCCGGCUUAUGGGCGACAAUGCAGCAACCAGUCAACGACACAGUCAUGGGCUUGGAACACAACAACCUUUCGACCUGCAACCCCGACCACCGCUGCAGCGAAUACGACGAGCUUUCGGCCUCCCGUCACUGCCGCCCCAGUUGAGCUCCCGUCAUAUCUCGUUAAUCCGUUGAACAUUACGUGCCGUCUCGGACGGGUGAACCUUCCGGAGCCAAAUCUGGAUUUGGUGGACGCGGUGACGACCAUAUUCGACGGCGACAACACCCUCAACUGCCGCGUGAUCCUUCACGAUCUGCAUUCGUGGAUUGUCGCAAAACUCGGCGAGACGCGGCAGAAACGAACAUCGUUUUACGAACCGAUCAAAGUAGAGUGCACCCGGGGAAAUCUGACCAUAUCCAAUGUGGACCCCGGCACAUCGGAAUCAACGGGGUUGGUCUUCCGCACCGGUGGAUCCAAGAAAUGUAUCGAUACGUACAGAGAGUUUUCGGACUAUGUAACUAGCUUUGCGCAAACUCGGCUUGGAUAGUAGUCUGUCUAUCUUCACAAUUUCUCCAUGCAGAAAGUCGUGAAGUGUUUACUGGCCUUUCCGGUUUAAGUUUUUGGCCAUUCAAAACCACCGUCAUGACACUUUUAUCCAUUGUGCGCGAAUGUAUUCAUCAGUAAUGUGCGUUUCUCUUGUUGGGAAUCAAGUAUUCAAACCUUCACAGAUUGUAGGAAGGACAGCAAUUAUUUUGCUACAGUAAUGAUUGGCGGUAUAAACAAAAGGUGUGGUCAGAUCGCCAUUGGCUUAACGUCGCG